CCAUCAUCAUCACCAUCCCUUUAUCCGUUCAAAAUGCCUCGUAGAAUUGCCACGCAGGUAGGCCAGCUCAUCUCACGUCAAUUACGCGGUGGCCUACUGAAAUCAAGUCCAGUAGCCUUUCAAACGUUGGUCAAUCAUCCUCCUACACCAUUACCUUCUCGAGCGCCCGUUCAAAGAUCAGCAUUGGAUACGCCUUCUUCUCGAGGAUUAUCAUGGAAUUUCGAAGAUGAACUAGAUGGAAAGAAGAAGAAAUUUGACUCCAGAACAGAAAGGAGAAAAGGGCCUAAAUUGGGACCACAACCGAUUGUAUAUUUGGAAGAUCGUGUACGCGAACGAUUCUAUAACGAUCAUCCCUGGGAAACAUUAAAUCCGAAAAUGCUGGUCGAAGGAGAAACAAUUGUUGACAGAAGCGUACCAGAUAUUAAUGCAACAGAUUUGACUGCUUGGGGACGAAAUCCUGGACCGGAAGAUGUGGUUGCUUGUGUCGUUCAUUUACAUCGUCAACAUGGACUAUCACUGUCUCAGGCAUACCACAACACAUUAUCCACAUAUUAUGCUCUUCGAGCUGAACACGAACAUGCUUCGCGAAUUGCAAUUUUUGAGGCAAAAGCAUAUGGAGCACGUUUUGCUAAAAUACGAGACCUUAAUGGAAAUCCAAGUACAACAGCUGUUGAGAUAGAAAGAGGAUUCCACAAAGAAGCAGAAGAGCUUCGCGAGGGUGCAAAGUAUUAUGCAAAAACCAACAACCUAUCAGAGAGAUUAUUUGGAGGAGCACAUGAAGUCGAUCAACGUGCCGCUUCGCGCAAAUAUCGAUUCCGUAUUCGUAAUACUUGGGCGCCCGUUUCACAAGGAGAAAAGUAUCUCCAAGCAGCCCUCAAAGCCAGAGACGGUAUUUCUCAACCUUCUUCUAUUGAUGCAGGAACAAAAGCAGAUGUAGCUCAGAUCGAAUCUAAUGCCGAACAAUCAACAUCUGCGUUGGAUUCAAUCAUUUCUUCAGCGCGGGCCAGUGGCUUGAAUGCAAGGGCGGACGCUCAACCAAGCCCAUCAUAUGUAACGCCCACUCAAAGAUGAGAAGGAUGGCAAAAAUGUACAAAUAGGUAUCAUGUUUGAUAAUAGAUAAAUAAUUAUGCUA